GAACAUUCUAUUUUCUUUUGCAUUUACAGUAAUAGACACGUGGAUCCAGUUGAACUAAACCGGCAGAGCACGUCACAUCUACUCCUCACACAGGAAUGUGAUUGAGCAGGUUGGGGUAUGUAAGCGCUGUGUGUGUGUGUGUGUGUGUGUGUGUGUGUGUGUCUCCUGUGAGAUGAGAACCACAUAAGGGAAACAUGCGCUCACAAACUCCACAUAUGAAACAUAAGGUAAGAUUUAAUAAUCUAAAAAAGUUUGACCAUGAUGUAAAUACUGAGUCUAACCACCCAGUAAGCUGUGUGCUUGUCUGACUCUGUGGUCAUGAUUCUGAGCCUUCCUGGUCGAUAGGGCCCAUAGUGGCCUUUCUCUGAGAAUGACAGCGACUGAUCCCCUGAAUGUCUCACUGAGGUGGCAGCUGAGGUGCGUGCAGCAGAGGGGUGUGCUGUGUGAACGAUGGAGGAGAUCGGACACAGGGAAAUGUUUUCCAACCUCACUACUCCAAACGUUUCACCCACAAAACCAGUGCCUGGAUUUCCUGUUUACAGUGUCCUCAUCCCCCUUGUGUUGCUCACACUGAUGGGAUGUGCUGCUGCAGUGGUUCUGUAUAUCAGGAAGAAAUCAAGAUUAGACGAGCUACGUCACAGGCUGAUUCCUCUGUACACCUACGACCCCGCCGAGGAAGAGGAGUGGAGGGACACUGACGUGGACGAUGAGGAGGAGCUGGCUGAGCCUUUGUACAAGGAGGGAACACUGUCCUUUUCAUCUGGUUAUGGAACUUGACAAGAGAAGAAAGAAAGAACAAUGUGUCCAUUUAGACCACGGAGUUCUUCUGUUAGACUCUGUUACCUCCGUUUGUUUGGAAGCAAGAUUACACGAAAACAACUGGACAGAUUUCCAUGAAACCUGGUGGAAGGAUGGGACAUGACCUCAGGAAGACCCCAUGACAGUUUGGUGAGGCUCCAGGAUUUUAUCUUUUAAAAACCUUUUUUUACAUUUUUCAUGAUCUUCCAUGAUUUCUUGAAGGAUAAUUCCUGGAUCUUGAUUAAUAAAUCUAAAUGUUUAGGGCACUGAUAUUUAUGAGUGUGUGCAGAUCCAAAUAAAAAAUCUGGAUCAGCCUCACUGCCUGUCCACAACACUCAUGGCCAGCUCCCACAUGUGAUGCCUUAGACUGUGCCUGUGUGGUUUAGGUUGUGACCCUUAGUUCUACCUGUGAGAUCUUCAGUAUCAGGAAUAUCAGCCUGGAUGUGAGCACCCCCCCCCUUUUAUCUGUGUUUGUCUGUUUAUGAUCAUUAAAAAUAAGACUAUUCUUAUCA